UCGAGAACGUAUUGAACAAGAACAUGUUUGCAAACAAAGUGGUGUUAGUUACGGGUGGAAGCUCCGGUAUCGGCGCAGCUGCUGUAGAAUUAUUUGCUAAAGCUGGAGCUUCUGUCGCCUUCGUUGGAAGAAACGAAACUAAACUAAAAGAUGUGACAAUACGCUGCGAUCAACAAGGAGCAAAAUCACUAGCUAUUAAAGCAGACAUAUCCAAAGAAGAAGAAGCAAAGACAAUAGUACAAAAAACAAUAGACAAAUUCGGUAAACUGGACGUGUUAGUCAACAACGCUGGCAUAUUCCGACUAAAAAGUUUAUUGGACCCGGAUAUUUUAGCAAAUUAUGAUGAAAUUAUGAACACUAAUCUGCGACCUGUUGUACACAUUACGAGUUUAGCUAUCCCUUUUCUCAUAGCAAGUAAAGGUAAUAUAGUAAACGUAUCUAGUGUUGCUUCAACAUCAUCUAGUACACCUGGACUUAUGUCCUACAGUGUCUCAAAGGCUGGAUUGGACCAUUUUACAAGAUUUGCUGCAUUGGAAUUAGCUCCUUCAGGCGUUAGAGUUAACUCAGUAAAUCCUGGACCAGUUUUGACUGAUAUCAUUAUUGGGUCUGGUUUUCCAGCUGAUGCGUUGGAAGAAGCUGGUACUCAUACACCUUUGGGAAGGUCUUCGGAGGCUGGAGAGAUUGGUGAUAUUAUUGUGUAUUUGGCUAGUGAUAAAGCGAAGAGUAUUACCGGCUCGUGUUAUGUUAUUGAUAAUGGUUUUCUGUUGAAGUAGAUCGUACGGCUGUGAAAUCUUUAAGGGCUAAUUUGUAAGGGAUUCUUGUAAUGUACAAUAAAUUCUAGGGUCAGGCUAUGUUUUUAUUUUAUUCAGUUUCUUCUGAUAGCCAAAAAUCAUUUACACGUGUUGCCAAAAUACUAUUGUUGUUGUUAUUGAAUGACAUUUAUUUCGCAACUCAUCAUGACAUGAUAAUUUUUGAAAUCAUUAGUGUUCUUGUCAAUAUCUGAUAAGUAGUUAUCAUGAUGUUCCAACUUCCAUGAUUAUAAUUACAUUUCUUAUCUAAUACUGUCAAUAUGUUUUUGAUUCUUCAUCACUCUUAUAAUGCGCAAUUAAAUUAUGUACCUCUAAUUAGAUGAUUGUGAUACGUAAUGAUUGUGAUUCAUUAAAA